GUCCAAUACCGCGACUAUCUUUGCCAACCAACUAUUUGUCAUUUUCCGUCUUUGGCAGCGGAGAACUGUGCAUGGAGCAUAUCUUGCUGGUCCCAUUGGCUUCCCAUUCACAGAUCGAAAAUACCCCUUCCAGAGAAGAUGGAAUGCCACACGGUCUCGAAGAAGAUCUCAGGGCUUAUGGCUGCAAAAUGAUUCAUGAAGCAGGAAUCCUUCUAAAACAAAAACAAGUCGCAGUUGCUACUGCGCAGAUCAUCUUUCAGCGUUUCUGGUUCGUAACGUCCAUGAAACAUUUCGGUAUCGGGGACAUCGGCAUGGGGGCUCUGUACCUCGCUUCAAAACUGGAAGAAUGCGUGCUACGGAUGCGCGACUUGAUCAACAUUUACGACGUUCUGCUGCAGCGCGAAACCCACAAGGUUAAAUCCCACACUCACCCCCAAACAAAGAAAUUCCAUUAUACACCGAUGUCGUACUUUGGAAAUACGUUCUAUGAUUUGAAAGAUGCCAUUGUGGUCUCUGAAAUGCAGAUCCUCAAGCGGCUGGGCUUCAAUAUGCAUAUCACUCUUCCGUAUAAUACUCUCGUCAAUUACCUGCGCGUACUUGGGUUGACCGAUCGAGACGAUGUGUGUUCACGGGCAUGGGGAUAUCUGAACGAUGCCCUUCAAACACCAGUCUAUGCCAUCUAUUCCGUUCCGACGAUUGUGACGGCCGCCAUUGUGCUCACCACGCGACACCUGGGUAUCUCCCUUCCCUCCACGCCGCCAGAUUGCUGGUGGGAGCUGUUUGAUGCUGACUGGGAAGAUGUGUGGAUCGUGUGUGGACACGUCAUGCGGCUGUAUCGGCAGCGCAGCGUGGAAGACUGCAUCAGAGUUGCUGCAUUGAUAAAUAAAAAGAGCGUGAGGGAGUGGUUAGAGAAGAACCCCACAACUGGAGAUCAGGCGAUGGCUGUCAUACGCUCGUAGCUCUGGCCCUUUGUCACUAUAAUAUACGGACAAUUACCAUGCAUUGGAAGAGCCUCUGACAGCAUUGUCUUCCAAAAA